CUUGUAUACAUUUCCUUCCCCCCCUACUCCGCUCUCAAACCCUACUACCAUUCUCCCUUCCAACACCAUUCUCCUCCACCUUCCUCGAUCCCCCCUUCCAUCUUCUUCCUCUCGGGACUCUGUUCAGCGCGGCCAUGUCCAAAACCCUAGUUCUCCUCCUCUUCCUCUUCCCCUUCUUCUCCUCCGCCGCAUCUUCUCCGGCGAUCGGCCUCGACUCCUUCCUCUCCGACGGUCUCCGCCGCGACCCCGCCGCCGCCAACGACUCCUUCGCCUCCCUCCCAUCCCACCUGAAGAGGUCCCUCCUCUCCCCCUCCCCCUCCUCGGCCCCCUCCCUCGUCUCCCUCCUCCUCUCCCUCGAGAUCUCCGUCCCCGUCUCCGUCAAGCUCGUCGGCCCCUCCUUCGCCUCCGCCGCCCCCUCCCUCCUCUCCUCCUUCGCCUCCGCCGCGGUCUCCUCCGCGCCCUUCCACUCCGUCGCCGCCCCCCACCGCCUCGCCCUCUCCCACGCCCUCCGCCUCGACGUCUCCCCCUCCUCCGCCGCCUCCCCGCUCUCCUCCCGCCUCUCCGACGCCCUCCGGUCCCACCUCGACGCCGCCGCCUCCCCCUUCCACCGCAGCUCCCUCGUCUCCGUCCCCUACUCCCUUGUCGACUCCAUCGUCCAGCAGGAUUUCCACAAGGAGUACCCCACCUCCGCCCCGGCCUUCUACAUCUACUUGAUAAACCUCGGAUCGCAGUCGAAGCCCUACGCCUACUCCUACGACGGCCGUGACGCCUCCCCUGCGUUCUCCAAGUGCCUGGGCACGCUCUGGGCCGGAAAGGAUCGGUAUCUGUGGAUCGAUCUCGCCGCCGGGCCGGUGGACUACGGUCCGGCGCUCUCCGGCGACGGCGUCCUCCCCCGAGGUGAGUUCCACCCUCUCACCUCCGUCCACGGCCGGCCCAAGUCGGAACGGGCGCUUCUCUCCGAUCUCGCCUCCUUAGUUCUCAGUGCGUACAAAACCCUCCUGGUCCCUUCUUUGAGAAUCCCUGUAUACUACGAGAACACACUCCUGAUCCAGUUUGUUCACAUUCACGGAUCGGACGCCAAGGAUCCCUCUGGUCUCGAUUGGAAUGUUGUGGAGCAGACGCUCAAAGAGAGCGAUCUGGCCUACAAGGGUCAAUCUUUAGCCUUCAAAUCAUAUUCCAUCAAGUAUUCCGAAUGCCCUAUGUGUUCGUUCGCAAUUGCUAGGUCGACAAACUCGUUCACUUCGAGGUUCCUCUUCGAGAACUACACUUUGAUCGUGAGCGAGUAUUUGGAUUCGAAGCGGCUGAGGCAAAUACUAUCGGAUUCAUCAGAAGAGAUGCACCGAUCAGCAGGCAUCGGAGAAGAGGAUUAUGCUAAAAUUUUGCCUGUUUACGUCUUUGAUUUGGACUACGAUAAGCUUCUCUUGCUAGAUAGGUACCACCAAGCUGUCGCUUUUAGGGACAUGGUAGUCGCUGUGAGGACGAGGAGCUCGCAGACUGUGAGCGACUACAGCUGCAACGGGCGGCACGUCAUCACGCAGACACGAAAUUUGGAACGUCCGAUCAUUGGUUCGGUUCUUCAGAGCAUGUGGGGUGUCUCGCCAACCCACUUAUUAUGGAGUCCCGAGCAUAAUAGUACGUUAGUGGAUUACACAUGGAGUGUUGGCCAAACUCCUUUUGGGCCUUUCUCUGAUGCUUUAUCUCUGUCCUUUGUUCAAAGAGAUGCAGCUCGAAGGAACGUUCUUCUAACCACUCUGAAUUUUACGAUUACCAGUGCGCUCGAUGUGUUGGAAUCCAUGGCUGCCCAUGGUGGCGAUAGGAAGCUUCUUAAGAAGAAUAGAUAUGUACAGUUUGUUCAGAGGUGGAAUUUGCUCAAGUUCAAGUUGGAUAAGGUGGUCUCUGCUAUGUCCCAAUUGGAUUUUGACAAGGCAAUGUACUUUCUGAGGUCUUCAGAUCAUGAUCUUUAUGCCAUUCACACUUUGGUGUAUGAGGCGUCUCAAGAGCUAGAGGCUUCAUUAGUCUGUUUUAAAGACCCGCCAUUUCCAUGGGCUUCUGUAUCCUUAUCUGGGGUGUUUGUUUUUGGUUUCUUUUACGUUUAUGCUAAGAGGGACAAGAUAUUUAGAAGUAAGAGGAAGCAGUUCUGAUAGUUAUAAAAAGUUUUUACGAGAGAGAUUUUGUCCAUUUGUGAACAAAUUUACUGCCAUGAGGCUUCUUGAAGAUGAUCCUGGUUUGAUACUGGAUGUCGGCAUCAAAUUGAGCAUAUUAAAUUUGGAUGAUGUCAUUCUUGGGGAAGUCUGUUCUUCCAAUAUAUUUUUUCCGGUGAAAUCACAGUUAGAUGAAGAACUCAUAUAUGCGCACUUAUCUGGAUAAUACUCGAAGGUGAUAGCUUUAUCUGGAUCCUCAACUCGUAACAUUAUCUUGUACCAGAUGUCCUUGUUUUUCUCAUCUUGGUAGUCUACUGGAGAAGUUGCAGGAUGAAGUAGUUAUCACAGAUGAUUAUUUGCAUAAGUGUUGAACACAAAGGCUUCUUAGGGAUUUGCCUUUGAUGGCAAAAGUUGUGAUUCUGCUUUAAUUACUGUUUGAUUUUUAUUCUGAAACAUCUCCGGCACUGAUCUUGUUUUCCUCUUUUAAGAAUUUGCAAUAAUGCAGCUUGUUUGGUGAUUUCUUUUC